ACAGGCAAGAUCAGAGCAGGACAGGUGUCAGUGAGUAUGGACUCGCAAUCUCAUAUUAUCCCCUACUCGGACUGCGGUACUCAACUGCCACGUCCAACCAGGCAUCGUACUGAAACCUCUGAUCUGAUAAGGCAUCCUACGUGCCUAGGGUUCACAAUGCAAUGGCAGGACAACCAUCGUCGUCUCAAUCUCGGACGAGAAUCCCACACAAAAAGGCGAGAAGCAUUGAACCUUCUUCUUUUGUCCCAACUCCCAAGCCCUCGAUCGAUACACAAAAGGUACUCGGUCGACGUGUCCUGCUUGCCUGACGAGAUUGAUUCUCCAUGCCACUACAGUAGCCAACCAGACAAGCAGCAAUUUACGGGCGCGGACUGGGCCACGACAGCCGACAAGCGCCUUCCGCCCCAGAGCUCUGGGAAGACCAUCCUCAAGAAGCCAGCGACACGCCAACAAGCAGCAGAUGUUUCGUUUUUUCCACCCGCAGAAAAGCAUCAUCAACAGCAGACAUGCACGUCCGUGGUGUUACACGUCAGGCAAUAUUGGAAAUGCAGUAGGAGAGUUUCCCCGAGUCCCAACGCUGCUCGGCCUAUUGAACACCUACAGCAAGCAAAUAGGUCCGCGGUUUGCUGUUUCUGUUGCAUCGAGUGAAGAUCCCCAUCUUUCCGUUCACGGUUCAAGGAAAAGUGUUGGUUCUGUACUUUCGUCUGUCUUGCCGCGUCGUGCCUCUAUUUUGCUCGUUUACUCCCGUGCUGGGGCGGCUGCGCCGUAACAAGUUUCCGCACUUGUUGGCAAA